AUGCCAGUUCAGUUGCUGAAUCGAGUUUUCAUCCACAUGCUACCAAGACCUCCUUGUGGACGUCCAGCUCUCAUUAUACCUGUUCGAUUUCUGGGUAUUUCACCUCGGCAAGUGCUAUCUGAUGCCAACUUUCAUUCUGUAUCUUUUUCUGAUAUAGAGCAUCCACGAGUAUUGAUUACAGGGGGUCUUGGACAACUUGGAGUGGGGCUUGCUAAACUAUUGAGGAAACGAUUUGGAAAGGGCAAUGUGAUCUUGUCUGACAUUAAGAAACCUCCUGAUCAUGUUUUCCACAGUGGACCAUUUGUUUAUUCUGAUAUCUUGGAUUAUAAGAAUCUUCGGGAAAUAGUGGUAAACAAUCGGAUCACUUGGCUCUUUCAUUACAGCGCCCUGCUAAGUGCUGUUGGAGAAACAAAUGUACCUUUGGCAAGGGCUGUAAAUAUUACUGGUUUGCAUAAUGUUCUGGACAUUGCAGCAGAGCACAGUUUGCAACUUUUUGUGCCUAGUACUAUUGGUGCUUUUGGUCCUUCUUCCCCUCGGAAUCCAACCCCUGAUCUCUGUAUCCAGAGACCUCGAACCAUCUAUGGAGUGUCCAAGGUUCAUGCAGAGCUCAUGGGAGAAUACUAUCAUUACCGGUAUGGUUUAGAUUUCCGGUGCUUGAGAUAUCCUGGAAUCAUUUCUGCUGACUCCCAACCUGGUGGAGGAACAACAGAUUAUGCAGUUCAGAUUUUCCACGAUGCUAUAAAAAAUGGCAAGUUUCAAUGUAACCUGAAACCAGAUACACGGCUUCCUAUGAUGUACAUUGAUGAUUGCCUUAGAGCUACCCUGGAAAUCAUGGAAGCUUCUGCAGAUUCUCUCUCCAUGAGGACUUACAACAUCAAUGCCAUGAGUUUUACCCCCGAGGAGCUGGCACAAGAAGUUGUCAAGCAUGUACCUGAGCUCCAGGUCACAUACAAUGUAGAUCCAGUUCGCCAGGCCAUAGCUGACAGUUGGCCAAUGAAUUUUGAUGAUAGCAAUGCUCGGAAGGAUUGGGGAUGGAAACAUGACUAUGAUCUUCCUGAACUGGUGACAACUAUGUUCAAUUUCCACGCCUCAGAAUCCAGAGUUGCUCAUGCCAGUUAA